GUUUUUUGCCCUUAAGACAUGGUUUUUAGAAUAUCAAAACUUUACAUACGGGCUACAAGUUCAUAAUUUAAAAACAAUUGGACAUUAUACACAAAUGGUUUGGGCUACAAGUCACAAAAUUGGAUGUGGACUAGCACAUUGUCCAGGAGGACCUUGGGGACAUUUUUAUAACUACGUUUGUCACUACUGCCCUGGCGGCAACUAUGAUACAAUAACGCAAUAUCCUUAUAAAGGGGGUCCUCCAUGCGGAGACUGUCCACAGAACUGUGUGCAAGACACGCUUUGCACUAAUGCGUGCCCGAGAAGGGAUUACUACUCCAAUUGUAACUCCUUGUAUAUUCCCAAUUUUUGUUUUUAUUCAAUCGUAUUCCCGAGUGACCGAACAACAUGUUUCCCACCCCCACUACGUCUCCGACCCAAUUGUAAUGCAACGGCGGAUACGGCGUCCGGCGCGCGGGCAUUACGACGUCGGCCACCGUACCUCGCGUCCACCUGCCGUCGCGUCAUGGUCUGCGAUGAUGGCUUGCACGCACCAUCGCCUCACGUGCGACGCAAGUCACUCCGCCGCCUUGCAUCCACACGAGGCUUCAAAAUACGAACUUCCAACGAACACGGCUGGAUACGCGUCUUUGAUGGGCUAGAACCUUUCGCUGUUGAAUGUCCAAGCAAACUUGUUAAGAUUUCCAAGAAGACUACAGUCGAAGAAGUAAACAAGAAGCUAGGCCUGAGUAACGAACUUACAUUAUGGCUUCAAACAGGCGGUGAAAAUUCGCGACGUCUUGAACCGAAUGAGUGUCCUUUGCAAAUACAGGAGAAUUUUCUUAUGAAAAGUGGAUGGAUUUCCGAAGCACGGAGAUUACGAUUGGCAGUUGACCCUGAGUUGCGUCAUACACUUCGUUGGUGUGCUGGGCCUUCUGGAACAUCAGGCGGAGUUCUUCAAUCGGGGACUAUCCACUUACUUAAAGGCCAUGUAUUCCCACAGUGGAAACCUCGGAACGCGUACAUCCUUGGGUCCAGACUAUACACCUACGGUGUAACUUGGGAUGUUCUAGAAUUAAGCGGAGGAAGCAUUGAGCUAUGUCAACCUAAAGCUCAAAAGCUGGUGGUUUGCGUAAAGCCUCGUAGUCAUGGAAACAGCCUGCUUGAAUCUGGCGUGAAUCAUCUUUUUCUUGGAUUCAAUACAGUUUGGGAAAGAAAUAUGUGGUUCUGUUGGCUGAAAGAGAAAAGAAUCAUGAUGGUUGAAAUAAAUGUGAUUAAUUCAGAAGAAAGUGAAAUAGAUAGUUUGGACGUAUUCAAUCAACAAUAUAAUGAAGAUAUUUUUCUGGAUAGUUUAGAACCUUCUACGUUCAAAGGAAACAAUGAAAAUGGGAGUACUCAAAGCACGCAACCACCGAACAUUCUAGAUUUAAGUGGAGGUGGCCGCUCGUCACUAGAAGCUGUGCUGACGCAGCAUGCCUCAAACGAUUUCGCGAUACGCGUGUUACGUAUGCGCAGUAGCGCAUUAUCGACGCUGCCCCCGCAGACCUGCACGUUGACAGCGCUCACUCACCUCGACAUCAGUGAUAACAGGAUCUCUGAGCUACCUGCUGAGAUAUGUCAGCUCACACAGUAG